AAAACGACGGAAUAAAAAUUCCGUUGUCAUAAUCCUUUUAAAAGAAAAAAUAGGGAAAAAGAAACAAAAAAUAAUACAAUUUUAAGACAUACAAAGAAAACCGCCAUUAACGAGUUUCAAGCUUUCCUUGAGAUGCGUGCAGUUAAUUCUUCUUCUACUAUGGCAGCAGUAUCAGUAGCAGCAGCAAGGAAAUAUAGUUUAAGCGGAAUAAGAGGAGGAAGUUUCAUAGUAAUCUUCAUUUUUAUUCUUUAAUAUCUUUUUGACUUUCCUUUUUUUUUUUUUCUUACACUUUUCCUAAUUUUUACUCAAUCUUUAACUUCCUACUCAUACAAACAGUACAACUCAACACCCCUUUUUGUGAGAUUUAAUUUAUUUUCUUCCCUUUUUUGUUUUGAAGUUAAUUUAAUACCCAAAUCAAAAAUCUGAUCUCAUAUGAAAAGGGGAUUGAAUUAGCUAGCUGUAUUGAUUGAUUAGUCUCACUUUUUUCUUUGUUUCUAUAACAGUGAAGAUUUUCCAUAUUUUUGCUGUUUUUAAUUUUGGUGUGAUAUUAUUAUCCGGAUGCUGCAAACUUUUGUGGGAUCAAAUCUGGAGGAUUCUGGGAUUGGCUGAAGUAGGAUUUUGGUUUGAUGAUCUGGGUGUGUUAGUUUUUUGGUUGGUGAAAGUUCAAAAAAAUAAAAAUAAAGUGUGUUCAUGUGUGGGAGUAAUCUUUGAUUAAUGUAAAUAAUAGGAAUAUCAUUAUCAUCAUAAAUUAGUUGUGAUUUCCCUCCUUUCUCAGUAUUUUAUGAGCUAGCAGGAGGAGGAGGAGGAGCAUAUAUUUUCUUUAUUACAUUGAAAGGAGGAAGCAGAAGGAAACUUGGGAUAGAUCUAAUAGGUGAAUCUCUUUAUUCCUUUUGACCAUAACCCCCACCAAAUUUUUUUGUUUGUGGGUUGUAGUGGAUUUUUCGCAAUUUGUUCGUUUUCGUGUUGUUCAUGUUGAAGGAAACUUGGGAUAGACCUUAUUGAUUGGUUAUUACACUUCAGGUGGAAUUGGGUUUUAUUUGGGUGUUGAAUUUGGAGAAAUUUUGUUGUUGUGAUCAAUAAGGUUAUUAGGGUGGUGUGUUAUAAGCUUGGUCGGUGAAUUCUUUGGAUGGGAGUGCUUAAUAGCAGCCCUUUUCUGGAUCUAAUUGACAAGGUUAGGUCUUGGGUUUCUUUGGGUAAAAUCAGUUCUUUAUCCUGCUCCUCCGAUUUGGACAUGGCUGAGAGCUCUUGCUGUCAGUGUGAACUUAAGUUUUCGGAGUUGUGCCACAAGUAUAGCUGCCUAGGCUGUAGAAGAUUGUUGUGUGCCUCUUGUGUUCGUGGAAGUGGUGCUCGUAUUGUUGUUGCUACAUUUAGUGGUAACAGAAAUGGUGAUCAUUUGGAGAAAGUUAUUAAGGCCUGCAAAUUCUGCUCUAAACCUUCUAAGAGGCAUAUUGAGAAAAUUUAUCCCUCUGAAUCUCCACGGGCAAGCCCGGAGCCACUAUCACCUCCUGUGAAUCGUGAUAAUAUGGGCAGCAAUGAAGUUACCCAGAGAACUGAAGACGACUGUGUUUCUCAUACAACUGGAUUCCAGGAUCAGAACUUUUCUUCUCAGAAUAUGGUCUGUAGCAGAAUGUUGUCUUUUGCUGGUCUUCAAUCACAAAUCUCCCUUCGGCACUCACCAAUGCAGAGUGAUGAAGAGCCAGAGUCUGAGAGGCAUUUUUUCGGCUCAGCAAGUGAAUAUGGCCAUGACAGUUCAGAUAUAGACACAAAUAGUCUUAGCUUUAGGAAUGAGUGUUAUAGUUUCAGGUCAGCAGAUUCGAGUCCCUUAGAUAGCCCCUCUAGGUUCAAUAUUAAUACACCUAGGGUUGGGUGCCCUGUACAGCAAACAAAAGGCGGAAGCCCUAAACCUUACCAUGACUGCCCCUCUGGCGUGGCCGUUUUUAAAGGGCUUGACAGAGGGACUGGCCAUCCUGCAAUUGGUGAUGAUAAAUCUGAUGAAGUUACCAUCAUCGACAAGGAAAUUGAAGAGCUCCCUAAACCUUUGGAUUUUGAAAACAAUGGUCAUAUUUGGUUUCCUCCUCCUCCUGAGGAUGAUAAUGACGAGGCAGAACACAAUUAUUUUGACUAUGAUGACGACGACGAUGUUGUUGGAGUAUCUGGUGGAGUGUUCUCUUCUACUGCCAGCCUUCCUGAUUUACUAUCUGCAAAAGAAAGCCAAAAUCAGGAGCAGGGGAAACCGUUAAGGUCUGCAAUACAAAGUCAUUUCAGAGCUCUUGUUUCACAGUUAUUGCAGGAUGAAGGAAUCAAAGUUGGCAAGGAAUAUGGCAGUCAAGAUUGGUUGGAUAUUGUUAGCAAUUUAGCAUGGCAAGCUGCUAAUUUUGUCAAGCCAGAUACUAGCAAGGGAGGCAGUAUGGAUCCUGGAGAUUAUGUGAAGAUUAAGUGUAUAGCAUCAGGAAGCCCAAACGAAAGCACCUUAAUAAAAGGCGUAGUUUGUACAAAGAAUAUUAAGCAUAAGAGAAUGACUUCUCAAUACCAAACUCCAAGGUUAUUUCUCCUAGGUGGAUCGCUUGAGUACCAGAGAACUCAAAAUCAGCUGGCAUCAUUCAAUACAUUGCUGGAAGAGGAGAUGAAUAAUCUCAAGGUGAUUGUCUCAAAGAUAGAGGCCCAUCGACCAAAUGUUUUACUGGUUGAGAAAAGUGUGUCAUCAUAUGCACAGGAAUAUCUCUUGGAAAAGGAGAUAUCUUUGGUUUUAAAUGUUAAAAGGCCUGUAUUGGAGAGGAUCGCAAGGUGCACUGGAGCUUUGAUAACUCCCUCUGUUGAUAAAAUAUCGGUGGCUCGACUUGGUCAUUGCGAGCUUUUCCGGUUGGAGAGGGUUUUUGAAGCACUUGAGGCUGCUAAUCAGUUCAAUAAGAGACCAUCUAAAACCUUGAUGUAUUUUGAAGGUUGCCCUAGACGAUUAGGUUGUACGGUGUUGCUGAAGGGUUUAUGCCGAGAGGAGCUAAAGAGAAUCAAGCAUGUGGUUCAGUAUGCAGUCUUUGCAGCUUACCAUUUGUCCUUGGAGACUUCAUUCCUUGCUGACGAGGGUGCUCAUUUGCCUAAAAUGGUACCGAAACCAUCCUAUUGUGAACAAACCAAGAUGGCUGCUGAUAAUGCAACAUCGACUCUCCCUUGUUCUAAUGCAGUUUCUCCAUCUCAGGGGUCAAGUGAUGUGGUAGCUCCUUCCGAAGGAUAUGUAGACAAAUGGGAGGGCAGCCAAAGGGAUGUAACAUUAGAACUUCUUAGUUUGUCGUCAGGUCUCCUGGUGGAUGCUACAACAGAUAAAAUGACUACUAUGCCUUGGGAUGGCUCAGUGUCUGAUGCAGCUAUUGAGUUUACACCCCCUGUACGUGAAAACUACUUACUUGGAUUCACUGAUUCUGCUAGUGGUGUAAUUGAUCCUGCACAGUCUGAAUUUCUUGAGAAAGUGUUACCAGAUAAAGGGAAACCCAAGGAGGUGGAAAAUAUUGAUGACAAUGAAGUCUCUGGUGACUAUCUUGUAGCGACUGAAAGUCAGCAGAGUAUACUGGUGUCCUUUUCUAGCCGUUGUGUUGCUAAGGGAACUCUUUGUGAGCGUUCUCGGCUCUUGAGGAUCAAAUUUUAUGGUUCAUUUGACAAGCCACUUGGGAGAUAUCUCUGUGAUGACCUUUUUCAUCAGGCAUCAGUGUGUCGGUCUUGUAAGGAACCUGUUGCAGCACACGUGCAAUGUUAUACUCACAGGCAAGGUGUUCUAACAAUAAAUGUUAAGCGACUGGAAACAGUAAAGCUUCCUGGAGAGCGCGAUGGAAAAAUAUGGAUGUGGCAUCGGUGUCUUAGAUGCGCUCAAAUUGAUGAUGUCCCACCAGCAACCCGCAGAGUAAUAUUGUCUGAUGCUGCCUGGGGCCUUUCUUUUGGGAAGUUCUUAGAGCUCAGCUUCUCUAACCAUGCAACUGCUAAUCGUGUUGCAAGCUGUGGUCAUUCUCUUCAAAGAGACUGCCUCCGUUUCUACGGGUUUGGAAGCGUGGUUGCGUUUUUCCAUUACUCACCAAUUGAUAUCCUCACUGUCCAUCUGCCCCCUUCAGCGCUUGAGUUCAAUGGCCACAGUAAGCAGGAAUGGAUGAAAAGAGAAGUGGAAGAGCUUAAGAGUAAAAUGGAAACCUUUUAUGCUGAGGUGAGCAAUGUACUCCAUGUCAUGGAGCAAAAGAGUACAUUUUGCAGGAAUGCUUCGACGGAUGCAAUUGACUUGCACAAGAACAUUAUGGAGUUCAAAUACAUCCUAGAUACAGAGCGAAAUCAAUACUGUGAUUUACUUCAUCUGGCUAUGGAUGACAAUUUACAGUUGGUUGAGAGAUCAAUUGACAUUUUGGAACUAAAUCAACUUCGGAGGUCUCUUUUAAUUGGUUCUCAUACAUGGGACCGUCGGUUUUAUUCUCUGGAUUCUCUUCUCAAUUCCGGAAGUUUCAAGUUAGAGGGUUUAGGGGAUUCUGGAUUUCAUGAAGAGCUUAAAAAUUUGAAGAAUGACCCUAUCAAGAAUUCCAAGUUUGUUGGUGACCGGGAAGAAAAGGGAGGGUACACUGAGUCUCACUGUAUUGAGUAUCCACUUUCAGAUUCUUUCCGACCUUCACAGCAAGAGGACUUGUAUGGGGAAGAAGAAGUAACAGUUAGUGAAAAUUCCUCGGAGACUCUGCACUCCCCUGCAUCCAAUUUGUCAGAUAAAAUUGAUUCUGCAUGGACUGGCACUGACGUAGAUGCAUCUGAAGCAAACCAAGUUGAUAAUCUGCCUCUUAAAAGGCUGAUGGGUCCAGCAAGGGUUUAUUCUUUUGACUCUGCUAUGAGAUUAGAAGAAAAGCUACUCCGAAGGUUGCAUUCUGCAUCACAACUGUCUGCUGUCAGGUCCUUCCAUGUUUCUGGAGAUGAUAGAAAUAUGAUGGUUAGAGAGCCCACUUCAAGGGUUAUGCGAACAUUUUCUCAAGUUAAUCCGCAAGAGGUACAGUUUAUACCUUCCUUCAUCUCUGCAUCUCAUAUGUUUGAAGGUUCUCGGUUACUGCUUCCACAACCAGGCCAGAGCGAGUUGGUUAUUGCUGUUUACGAUGAUGAACCUACCAGUGUUAUAUCAUAUGCUCUUUGUUCCAAAGAGUAUGAGGACUGGAUCUCUGAUAAGUCAAGCCAAAAGGUGGGUACUUGGAGUGGCAAAGAUAUCCACAGAGAGGAUUCUGCAGUUUCCACUUUCUUAUCCUGGCAUUCUAUUGGCUCUCUAGAAUUAGAUUACAUAAACUACGGAAGUUACUGCUCUGAAGACACUUUAUCAAGGAACAGUUCGUUGGUAAAUGAUCCUAAGAAAUCUCCUCACCUGCAGAUCGCUUUUGAUGAUGAUUCUUCAGGUGGGAAAGUAAAGUUCUCUGUUACCUGUUACUUUGCUAAACAGUUUGACCUGCUUCAAGAAAAAUGUUGCCCCAACAAAUUGGACUUUGUGCGCUCUUUGAGCCGUUGUAGGAGAUGGAGUGCACAAGGUGGUAAGAGUAAUGUGUACUUUGCAAAGUCCAUGGACGAGAGGUUCAUAAUUAAGCAAGUGACGAAGACAGAGUUGGAAUCUUUCCAAGAGUUUGCAGCUGAGUAUUUCAAAUAUUUGAAUGAUUCUUUAGACUCUGGAAGUCCAACUUGUCUUGCCAAAGUUCUUGGGAUUUUUCAGGUUACUGUUAAACAUCUGAAAGGUGGGCGUGAAACAAAAAUGGAUUUGAUGGUGAUGGAGAAUCUGUUUUACAAAAGAAGUAUAUCAAAAAUUUAUGAUCUCAAGGGCUCUUCUCGGUCUCGUUAUAAUUCUGACACAACAGGAGCUAACAAAGUGCUUCUAGAUAUGAAUCUCCUGGAAACAUUGAGAACAAAUCCCAUUUUUCUUGGAAGCAAGGCAAAAAGAAGACUGGAGAGAGCUGUCUGGAAUGAUACAUCGUUUCUUGCUUCAGUGGACGUAAUGGACUACUCAUUGUUGGUCGGUGUGGAUGAGGAGCGGAAAGAACUGGUACUUGGGAUAAUCGAUUGUAUGCGACAGUAUACCUGGGACAAGCAUCUUGAAACUUGGGUAAAGGCUUCCGGCAUCCUUGGUGGUCUCAAAAAUGCCUCACCAACUAUCAUCUCCCCUAAGCAGUACAAGAGAAGAUUUCGGAAAGCAAUGACGACCUACUUUCUCACCGUACCAGAUCAAUGGUCAUCUUGACUUGCUAUAUUUUUCCACUUUUAACUUUGUGAUUCUUUUUGGUUCACAACUCAGCUGUUAAGUUUAAGAACAAAAGACAGUUGAUUUCUUGUGAUACCAAGAUGUUAUUCUUCCUUUAUUUGAGCUCUAGAAAGAAGACUCUAAUUUUCUUCAA